AUGGCGAGCUCCGCCGAAGCGUGCCCGCCGCAGCCGUCUCUCCCGCGCGCCUCCGCCUCCUCUCGUGCGCUCCUCCUGCUCGUCGCAGCCGUCCAUCUUCUGCCAUGGGGCUGCCUCGCUGCCGGCCACUCAGACUCGGCCUUGGAUUCCGCGCUGCCCGCGCGACACGGUUUCAGAGGUCGAGGCUUGGCCGAAGGAGACUCGAACACUGUUCCUCCUCCCAGCGCCGCCGAUGGCGCCAGUCCCGCCGCGAUUAACGGCACCUGGAGCGCGCAGUUUACGGAUCCGGCACCGAAUCAGCUGCGCAGGCAAGCAUCAAUCACCGGCCUGUCCACUAAUCGCGUGAACACCAAAUGCGCCCUCGCACGUCCGAGAUUCGGCGCGAUUUACACGUUUGGAGACUCGCUCUCUGACGUUGGCAACAACAACUACGGCACCUUGGAUAGCUUCUAUCGCGCGAAUUUUCCUCCUUAUGGAAUGAACUUCAUCCCCGCUAGUGGGAGGUUCUGUGAUGGCAAACUCGUUAUUGACUAUCUCUCUGAAUAUUUUGAGCUGCCCGUCGCCCCUGCGGCCUUCCAGCCUGGCAUCAACAGCAGUGCCGCCCAAAACGGGCUCAACUUCGCCAGCUCAGGGGCGGGUGUGCUGGACACCUCCACUCCCGAUAAGGGCUUCCCACUCUCUGUGCAGCUCUCAAGAUUCUCCGAGCUGGGUGGGCUGCAAGCAGCAGAGCAACUUUUUUGCAACUUAUCAUCCGCUCCCCAGCCAUCUUCUCCAGUCCUGCUGUAA